CAUGAGAGAGGAAGGAUUUUGUUGGCCAUGACAGCGCCCAAGUUCGCCGGCAACACUCAAGAUUCUCCCGAGCUUGCGCAGAACAAAUGGGUCGUUCUAGGAGCGUGCUUCACCAUCAACUUCAUCAGCAGUGCUUUCUUUCGGAAUGCUGCACUCUUCUACCCUUCAAUCAUGGGCACGUUUCUGGUCACCAGAGAAAGGGCUGCACUGCCACUCUUCGUCUACGGAGGCUGUUUCCAUCUCGGUGCGCUUCUAGGAGGCACAGUAAUACAAGUCCUCACUGUUUGGGCAGCAGCAGUUGCCGGUGGUAUCCUGCUCAGCACCACUUUCAUAGCAUCUUCCUUCGUCAACGGAACAGCCUUCCUCACAGCUGUACUUGGUGUUAUAGGAGGUACUGGACAAGGAAUAAUCUUCAACUGCAGCGUGGUCGGUCUCGCGGACUACUUCUCGUCACGGAGAGGACUCGCACUGGGUGUCGUGAUGACAGGGGCUCCUGCGGCGUCAUUCAUAUUUCCCGCAAUAUUCAACUACACCCUCGAGGAGCACGGACUACGCGGCACACUCCUGCUCACGGGAGCAUACAUGCUUAACAUUCCUGUAUUCGGACUCCUGCUUCGCACUGGCCUUCGCAGUUCCACAGAAGAAGCGUGCCGACAGUCGGAAACCAAUCAAUCAACGACAAAGUCCAAAUUAUGGCCAUCAUCAAGAGCGCAUUACACCGACAAAGACGGCUCCCCGCCCACAAUUUGCCAAAGCGUGGAAAGUCUCUCGCGAAGCAAUUCAGACGACCACAUACGCCGCGGUUCUAUUCUGAAAAGCAGCAAAUCCUUUAGAAUCCCUGACUUGGGAGGAACAGAAACGAGCAAGAUAUUGAAAGACGGUCUUAGCAGCAAUACUACAUUUGGAAUCACAAGUUCUCGCCCAAGGUCAAGCGAUCCGCAAUUGGAGACAUGGCCAUGCAAGACAAAUACGCUUAGUCAAAAAAGCCUUGCACAGCUUCAUGACAUAAUGGCGUCUUCACUUCCAGCACUGAUUCCGCUCAGAAAAAGCACGGAAGUCGAUCCCGUGAAACUAAAGGACUUUCAGAGGCGAAGUUCAAUCAAAACAGGCUCGAGGUUGUCAAGAUGGACGACUCUUUGUAAAAGCGCUGCACUUGUGGCCAGAACGCGUCAGUUUUAUAUGAUCGCGUAUUCUUUCUGGGCUUACUGCCUUUUCCUGGAUACAUACCUUACAGUGAUCGUAGACUAUUGUGUAGAUAGCGGAGUUGACCAAGGUGACGCGCUUCAUGUACUCCAUUUUUUCUCGGUGACAGACGCUUUGUGUAGGCUUGUCAUCCCAAUCCUUAGUGACUGCAACGUACUCUCAACUCCUGUGCUUUUGGCCAGCUCAUAUCUCGUAGCAUCGGUGCUCGCCGCUAGCCUGGCGCUCCUAACGGAGAAGAUAGGCUUUUGGAUCGUCGCGCUGGCCUUGGGUCUACCUUGCGGUUAUAUCAAUGUUGGCCUCUCGGAAAGUUUGUACACUGCAGCUGGAGAAGAGAACCUGCCUAUGGCUCUCGGCUUCAUGUCUGCCGCUGCGGCAGUAGGGUCGUUCACGACACCCACCCUAAUAGGCUUAUUUCGGGACAUGGGGGGCUUCUACGACGACCUCUUCUUCAUCAUGGCUGGUGCAAUGAUGGUCUCUUUUGCUUUGUUUGCUGGACAUUCAGUAAUCAAGACAAUUGGUCAAAAAAAGCUCACAAUCUCGCAGUAGGAAUAGUACUCCUAUAAAUUAAGAAACAAUUUUAAUUUCAUCCGCGUUCAUAUGCUUAAACGCAGGAUUGAAAAUUUUUAUCAUCUGAAUUCCAAGGUUUAGGGGUCAUGAGUGUAACUGGCCUCAUUAACUAGACAGCACGUUGGUGUGUCGUGGUUGCCUGCUCAAUCCAAAGAUAUGCAAACAGAAGAUAUCUGCGUAAGAUAGAUUGUUACGUUUGUGCUUAUGAGAAAUACAACUGCGAGGUUGGGGAAGACAAGAAAUUAUUACACCAAAUUAUUCACGUCUCUGUAAAUUGCCAGGGCGCUGCGACAAAGCACCAUUAAACGACUUCAUCCGUGAACCUGUACUCGGUGGAACAUAGGAGUGACCAAAGAACGCAGGCCGCACGGAAAUACCAUAAACGCUUCUGCGCGAGCCAGCGAAGAGCUCCUGUGGUGGUGCAGUGACUAUGGUGCUCGGCUGCUGACAGAAAAAUCACGGGUGCCAUCCCGGUCGUCGUGGUUGCAUUUUAAUUGAGACGAAGAAUUAGCGGCCCAUGUACCUAGAUUGAGGUACGUUUUGAAGAGCCCCAUGUAAGGGAAUUCCGAAGUCCUCCACUGCGGCGUUCCUCAUAUAUAUAUCAUGCGUAAAAGGGAAGCUGCUAUUACAAAGAGCUAGUGAAAUUCUCAAAAUGGAGCACUGAGAUAUCUCACCAUGAAACAAGUAUGCCUCGCAAUAAAAUUGGACUUGAACACAAUCAUCUAUUCUCUCUACAAAA